ACAAAAACAAGAACUCAAUCGCUCAAAGAGAGAGAGAGAGAGAGGAGAAAGAAUAUGGCGAUAUCUCAAGAUCAUAACAAAGCAUUUGGUUGGGCAGCCAACGACAAAUCCGGCAUCUUAUCUCCGUUUCAUUUCUCUAGAAGAGAGAAUGGUGACAACGAUGUGACGGUGACGAUAUUGUUUUGUGGUGUUUGUCACUCUGAUCUUCAUACCAUCAAGAACGAUUGGGGAUUCUCUCAGUACCCUAUCAUUCCCGGGCAUGAAAUCGUUGGAAUCGCAACAAAAGUUGGCAAGAACGUGACAAAGUUCAAAGAAGGAGACCGAGUAGGAGUAGGAGUCAUAAUCGGUUCAUGCCAAUCAUGUGAAUCAUGUAACCAAGACUUAGAAAACUACUGUCCUCAACUUGUCUACACAUACAACUCUCGUUCCUCUGACGGAACCAGAAACCAAGGUGGUUAUUCCGACAAAAUCGUUGUCGAUCAACGCUUUGUCCUAAGCUUUCCCGACGGUUUACCGAGCGACGCAGGCGCACCGCUGCUCUGCGCUGGAAUCACUGUGUACAGUCCAAUGAAGUAUUACGGUAUGACCGAAGAAAAAGGGAAACAUUUAGGUGUGAGUGGACUUGGUGGGCUUGGUCAUAUCGCUGUGAAGAUUGGUAAAGCCUUUGGUUUGAAAGUCACUGUGAUUAGUAGAUCAUCGGAGAAAGAGAGAGAAGCCAUUAAUAGACUCGGUGCUGACUCGUUUCUCAUCACAACCGAUCCUCAAAAGAUGAAGGAUGCAAUUGGGACAAUGGAUUUCGUGAUGGACACGGUAUCAGCAGAACAUUCUCUUUUACCGUUGUUUAGUUUGCUUAAAGUGAAUGGAAAGCUUGUGACGUUAGGCUUACCGGAGAAGCCACUUGAGCUACCAAUCUUCCCUAUGGUUCUCGGAAGGAAAAUGGUAGGAGGAAGUCAGAUUGGAGGGAUGAAGGAGACACAAGAGAUGCUUGACUUUUGCGCCAAGCAUAAUAUCGUUUCGGAUAUCGAACUCAUAAAGAUGAGUGAUAUCAACAUGGCCAUGGACCGUUUGGCUAAAUCUGAUGUUAGGUACCGGUUCGUGAUCGAUGUGGCAAACUCCUUCAGUUCUGCUUUAUAAGCUGAGAGAUUAAAGAACAUGUCGACCAUUUCUGCAUAUGGUUUCUGGUCUUCCAUCUAUGGUGUAAUGAAUAAAGCAAAGAAUCUGGGAAUUUCUGGAGAACGGUUACAAAAGCACGAAUCUAUUUUCUUGUUGGAGAAGUUGCUUGUCUUUUCUAUCUAUACUCUGUUUUGUUUUAGGUGAAAGAUUGAGAGAGAUCCAUUUUCUUGCUGAACAAGUUACUCUUUUCUUCUUUUAUGCUCUGUUUAGUGCUUGUUUAACAGUUGUUUUGAAGCAAGGAUUGUUACAGAAGAAAUGUUGAACCCUAAAAGUAG